UCCCCCCUCUUCUCCUCCCCGCCUUUCUUUCUUUCUCUUCUUCUCGCUCUCUCGUCUUUUCUUUGCCUCUGCUGCCGGCCGAAGGGGCGGUCCUUGCAGUCUUUGUUGCCGGCGGACCGACCGAGCGCAGCAGCCCGCCGGGCCCGAGUCGGAGCCGGGGACACUGAGGCGCGGCAAACAGGCGGGGUCCGGUAUGUCCUGAGCCGAACCGGGGACCGGGCAGCCACCGGACGGGACGGACGAGAGCGCGUGCGUGGGGUCGCCCGGCGGCCGCCCGGCCCCGGCCAUGCCCGGCGGCCCGAAUCCCCGCCGCCCCGCGCCGCCUCUGCGCCCACUGUUGCUGUUCCUCUGCGCCCUGGCGCACGGCGCCCCCGGACUCGCACCAGAGCCCAUAACCGAGGGCAGGGCGGCGCUGGACAUCGUGCACCCGGUGCGCGUGGACGCGGGCGGUUCCUUCUUGUCUUACGAGCUGUGGCCGCGUGCUCUGCGCAAGCGCGACGUGUCCGAUGCGUCCGGGCGCCGCGUGGUGCCCACCUUCUACGAGCUGCAGUACCGCGGGCGCGAGCUGCGCUUCAACCUGACCGCCAACCCGCACCUGCUGGCGCCCGGCUUCGUGAGCGAGACGCGCCGGCGUGGAGGCCUGCAGCACGCGCACAUCCGCGCCCACGCCCCUGCCUGCCAUCUGCUGGGCGAGGUGCAGGACCCGGAGCUGGAGGGCGGCCUGGCAGCCAUCAGCGCCUGCGACGGUCUGCAAGGUGUGUUCCGGCUCUCACAGGAGGACUACUUCAUUGAGCCACUGCCUGGGGCCCCAGCCCGACCUGGCCGUGCCCACCCCCAUGUGGUGUACAAGCGCCAAGCUCCCAAGAAGCGGGCUGUGCCCAGUGACUCCCAGGCUCCAAGCACCUGCGGUGUGCAAGCAUCCCCAGAGACGGAGCCCCGACGGGAGCGAUGGGAGCAGCGGCAGCAGUGGUGGCGGCAGCGGCCGAGGCGCCUGCACCAGCGCUCGGUCAGUAAGGAGAAGUGGGUGGAGACCCUGGUGGUGGCUGACGCCAAGAUGGUGGAGUACCACGGUCAGCCACAGGUGGAGCGCUACGUGCUGACCAUCAUGAACAUGGUGGCCGGCCUGUUUCAUGAUCCCAGCAUCGGGAACCCCAUUCAUAUCACCGUCGUGCGCCUGGUGCUGCUGGAGGAAGAAGAGGAGGACCUGAAGAUCACACACCACGCAGACCAUACCCUGAAGAGCUUCUGCAAGUGGCAGAAAAGCAUCAACAUGAAGGGGGACACGCACCCUCUGCAUCACGACACUGCCAUCCUGCUCACCAGGAAGGACCUAUGUGCGGCCAUGAACCGGCCCUGCGAGACCCUGGGCCUGGCCCACGUGGCGGGAAUGUGCCAGCCGCACCGCAGCUGCAACAUCAAUGAGGACACAGGCCUGCCACUGGCCUUCACCGUGGCCCACGAGCUCGGGCACAGUUUUGGCAUUCAGCAUGACGGCAGCGGCAAUGACUGUGAACCUGUUGGGAAACGGCCUUUCAUCAUGUCUCCACAGCUCCUGUACGACGCAGCGCCCCUCACCUGGUCCCGCUGCAGCCGCGAGUACAUCACCAGGUUCCUCGACCGUGGCUGGGGGCUGUGCCUGGACGACCCCCCAUCCAAGGAGGUCAUUGACUUCCCGGCCGUGCCGCCCGGCGUCCUGUAUGACGUGAGCCACCAGUGUCGCCUCCAGUACGGGGCCUAUUCUGCCUUCUGUGAUGACAUGGAUAAUGUGUGCCACACACUCUGGUGCUCUGUGGGGACCACCUGUCACUCCAAGCUGGAUGCAGCGGUGGAUGGCACCAGGUGUGGGGACAGCAAGUGGUGUCUCAAUGGGGAGUGCGUCCCUGUGGGCUUCCAGCCCGAGGCUGUGGAUGGUGCCUGGUCAGGCUGGAGUGCCUGGUCCAUCUGUUCGCGAAGCUGUGGUAUAGGCGUUCAGAGUGCCGAGCGGCAGUGCACGCAGCCCACGCCCAAGUACAAGGGCAAGUACUGCGUGGGAGAGCGCCGGCGCUUCCGCCUCUGCAACCCGCAGCCCUGCCCCCGCGGCCACCCCUCCUUCCGGCACGUGCAGUGCAGCCGCUUCGACGCUAUGCUCUAUAAAGGCCAGUUACACACGUGGGUGCCUGUGGUCAAUGACGUGAAUCCAUGUGAACUGCACUGCCGACCGGCAAAUGAAUACUUCGCCGAGAAGCUGCGGGAUGCCGUGGUGGAUGGUACCCCCUGCUACCAGGGCCAGGCCAGCCGGGACCUCUGCAUCAAUGGCAUCUGCAAGAACGUGGGCUGUGACCUGGAGAUCGACUCCGGCGCCAUGGAGGACCGUUGCGGCGUGUGCCACGGCAACGGCUCCACCUGCCACACCGUGAGCGGGACCUUCGAGGAAGCGGAGGGCCUGGGCUAUGUGGACGUUGGCAUGAUCCCAGCCGGUGCACGUGAGAUCCGCAUCCAGGAGGUGGCCGAAGCCGCCAACUUCCUGGCCCUGCGCAGCGAGGACCCCGACAAGUACUUCCUCAAUGGCGGCUGGACCAUCCAGUGGAAUGGGGACUACGAGGUGGCUGGCGCCACCUUCACCUAUGCUCGCACUGGCGACUGGGAGAACCUCACCUCCCCUGGCCCCACCCAGGAGCCUGUAUGGAUCCAGUUGCUAUUUCAGGAGAGUAAUCCCGGCGUGCGCUACGAGUACACCAUCCACAGGGAGGCGACUGGCCAUGGCCAGGUGCAGCCGCCCGAGUUCUCCUGGCAGUAUGGGCCCUGGAGCAAGUGCACAGUCACCUGCGGCACAGGUGUACAGAGGCAGAGCGUGUACUGCAAGGAGCAACAGGCAGGGCCUGUGGAUGAGGGACACUGUGAUGCCCUGGCCAGGCCCGAUGACCGUCAGAGGAAGUGCAGCGAGGAGCCCUGCCCUGCCAGGUGGUGGGCAGGUGAGUGGCAGCUCUGCUCCAGCUCCUGCGGGCCACGGGGCCUCUCCCGUCGGGCUGUUCUGUGCAUCCGCAGCGUGGGGCUCGACGAGCAGAGAGCCCUGGAGCCGCCCGCCUGUGCGCACCUGCCGCGGCCGCCUGCUGAAGCCCCAUGCAACCGCCACGUGCCCUGUCCAGCCACCUGGGCUGUGGGGAACUGGUCUCAGUGCUCGGUGACAUGCGGGGUGGGCACACGGCACCGAAGCAUCCUCUGCACCAAUGACACCGGCGUGCCCUGUGAGGAGGCCCAGCGGCCAGCCAUAGAGGCCCUGUGCCCCCUGGCCCCAUGCCCGUCAGGGCCCCUGGACCCGCUGGGGGGCCCUGAGGGCUCAGGCAGUGGCUCCUCCAGCCCUGAGCUCUACAACGAGGUGGAUUUCAUGCCACACCCACCAGCCCCCCGACCGCCCUCCCCAGCACCACCUCUGCUGCCCAGCAUGGGCAAUGCCAUCACUGAGGAGGAGGAAGAGGAGCCGCCAGGGCCUGUGUUCGUGGAUGACUUCUAUUACGACUACAACUUCAUUAACUUCCAUGAGGACCUCUCCUACAGGCCCUUCAGGGACCCCAGCCCAGACCCAAUAGGCGCGAUGGGGAAGCCAUCAUCCACACCCCCCACUGGCACUCCUGUGCCUGCCAUACAGCUUCCUGGGGCUGGGGAGCAAGGGACACUGGGAACCCAGUCACCCCACCCCCCACCCAGCCACACUGGUCACUCCCCAGGGCCCAACACAGAGCCGGCCCCUGGAAACCUCUGGGCUACUACCACACCUGAGGACAAUGCCCCAGACCUGGGGCUCCCUAGCCGGCCCUGGCCCCCUGCCUCGGUGGACGGCACUGAGACACCUGCUGUCCCCAGGAACCCCAAUGACCUCAUAGUGGAGGGGGACAGCCAGAACCAGCUGCCCCCCACGCACCGGAGCAAAACCCACAAGGUUUCCGUGGAUGAGACAGAGAUGACUAGCCACAGAGUCCCGCACCUGUCCCAGGACCCUGGCCCCACACUACCUCUUCUGGCCCCAGCUGGUUCUGCCACCUCCUCUCCUAGUCCUGGCCUGCCCUGGACAGAAGGCACUGUGGCCUGGGGGCCCACUCUGGACAGUGGUGGCCUGGAACCCACUGUGGGGGUGUUUCCUUCUCCACCUGCCCCUCUGGCCACCCAAUCUGGGAUCUGGGACAGCUCCCAAGGGCCGGGGAUGCCUACCUUUGCCGCUGCAGGCCUUGGUUCCGAGGACCUGCAGACAAUGGCAGUGCCCACAGACCUGAGCAACCUCGAGCAUACACCCUGGGGGACUGUCCUGAGCCUGGGACCCUCCCGUCACCCUGAGGUAUCUCUGAGCUCUGAAGCCACACCAGCUUGGGACAUCCUGGUCAAUAGCAGCAGAGGGAACGCCAGCUGGCAAGUGGGAAACUGGAGCCAGGCAAGUGGUGUGGGCUCAGGGAGGGGGCUGGCUGUGGCAGAUGGCCCACUCACUGGGCAACCUGCCCAACCCUCACGGGUAUCUGCCCCUCCUCAGUGCUCCACCACCUGUGGCCUGGGUGCCUCCUGGAGGCCUGUGCACUGUAGCUCUGGCCGGGACGAAGACUGCGCUCAUACUGGGCGGCCCCAGCCCGCACGACGAUGCCACCUGCGGCCCUGUGCUGCCUGGCACACAGGCAACUGGAGUAAGUGCUCCCGCAGCUGCGGCGGGGGGUCCUCUGUGCGGGACGUGCAGUGUGUGGACACGCGGGACCUCCGGCCACUGCGGCCCUUCCACUGCCAGCCUGGACCCACCAAGCCAGCCGCUCGCCAGCCCUGUGCCACCCAGCCCUGCCUCAGCUGGUAUACAUCCUCCUGGAGGGAGUGCUCCGAGGCCUGUGGCGGAGGUGAACAGCAGCGCCUGGUGACCUGCCCAGAGCCAGGCCUCUGUGAGGAAGCACUGAGGCCCAACGCCACGCGGCCUUGCAACACCCAGCCCUGCACACAGUGGGUGGUGGGGCCCUGGGGCCAGUGCUCAGCCCCCUGCGGCGGUGGUGUCCAGCGACGCCUGGUCAGGUGCGUCAACACUCAGACGGGGCUGCCCGAGGAAGACAGCGACCAGUGCAGCCACGAGGCCUGGCCCGAGAGCUCCCGGCCCUGUGGCACCGAGGACUGUGAGCUCAUUGAACCUCCACGCUGUGAGCGGGACCGCCUGUCCUUUGGUUUCUGUGAGACCCUGCGCCUGCUGGGUCGCUGUCAGCUACCCACCAUCCGCGCUCAGUGCUGCCGCUCGUGUCCUUCCACCGGCCGUGGUGUCCCUUCCCGAGGCCAUCAGCGGGUGGCUCGCCGCUGACCUGCACCAGGGGGACACAGACCAAUGAAGACAACGAUGAUGACACCGCUCAGACCUCAGCGCCCCACCAGGGCUGCGGCGGCCCCACCUCUGCUCCCCAAUGGUGCUAACCCCACCCCGUGCGCAGGCUGGGGACCUCCCCCUCCCGGAAAAAGGGUAUUUUUUUUAUUCUAGCCAUUUGUGUAACAGUUACAAUUUUACAUAAAUCAGCACCUACCAU